AUGCAAGAAAAAUUAUGGCAAAUGAUUGAUGAAUCAAAGACAUAUUGUUGGAUCUUGACUUAUGCAAUGGACAAGAGUUUGGCAGCCAACAUAACUCUCUAUAAAUUAAUUAACGCAUAGUAAAGAGGAGUUAAUGUAGUUUUAUUUGUGGAUGAUCUUUAAGGACAUUAUAAUAACAAAUUAACUAAAUUAUUUCAAUCUUAUGGAGGUGUAUUUUUGAAUUUGAACCCUUUGAGUGCUUUUAAGAUUUAUGGGUAAGAGUUCUUCCGAAGACAUCAUGAGAAAAUGGCAGUGGCUGACCAUAAGGCAAUAUUUGGUACUUCAAAUAUUGAAUCUCAUUAUGGCGGUGUGAAAUGGGGCAAGUAGACAUUUCACGAUAUCAACACCUAUACGGAGGGCAGACAUUUAUCGUACAAUCUUUAAAAGCACUUCAUGUAUUUGGCCAGUUUAUAUAAAAUUUAAUUGAAUCCACACAAACCUACACCUAAUGAGGAUUUACUUUAUACAUUUAAUGCAUUCCCUCCUUAUUACGAAUUCUUUAAGACUCAUCCCCCUUUUAAUAGACAAAUUCAAACUCAGAUUAUUGAAUCAAUUAAAAAUGCAAAAGACAACAUUAAAAUUGUUUAGGCCUAUUAUUACUCUGUUAGAAUCUUUGAAAAGCAUCUACGAGAAGCAAUGGACCGAGGAGUGAAGGUGGAGAUAAUAACAGCAGACAAACGAGAUUAGCCUGUGUACAGAUAUGCCUUCAAUCGAAUAUUAUUUUAAGGUGUCAUUCACAGAAAUCUCAAAGUUUAUGAAUUCCCUGAAUAGUUGUUGCAUAUGAAAGGAUAUGUUUUUGAUAACAAACAGCUAUUUUAUGGCUCGUUUAAUAAUGACAGAUGGAGUUGGAAAUUGAAUCAUGAGUUUAACAUACUUACGGAGGAUGAGAACGAAAUUAAAAUGUUUAUGGAUAUCUACAAUGAUACUAAACUCAGGACUAGGCAAAUUGAUUACAAGAAAACGGGCACUCCUUUAAGAUGGAUAAAGAUAAAAUUCUGGGAGUGGUUCAUAUAUUAGAGUGAAAUAUUCAUGAGUAAGAAUUAAGGAUAUCAUCCUCAUAAAUAUAAAUACAAUUAUUUACUAAACACAUGGGAUGAUGGAAUUGGUAAUUAUUUUUGA